AUGGACUCUACAAAAACAAAAAAAAGAAUAUUAAAACAUGAAGACGACUACAGGCAAGGGAAUAAGGACGAUGAAAAAACUAAGAAAAAUGAGAAUGGGGAAGAACGGCCGCAAGACGGCAGACUAGAAGAGGAAGAACAAAGAAGAUUCGAAGAAGAAAUGUUGGAUUGGCACAGUAGGCAGCCAAAGAUGAACAGGUCGGGUACUCAAAAACACUCGACACUGGUAGGGGAUGAUGUGUUAAAAGAAAUUACCAGAGCAGAAGAAGAUAAAGAGGAAGGAGAUACAGGGGAAGAAGAUCCAUUGGUGGAAAGAGUAGAAGUGGAGGAGAUAGAAGCUGAAGGGGAAAAAGAAAGGCAAAGAAAUACACAGUGGCAAGACAUAGAAGAGAGCAUUUUGUCAGCUCUUCUGUUUGAUGAGGAGGACAGAGAAGAAAUGAAACAAAAUAAAAAAAGGAAAGGGGAUAGCCUCGAAAUAAACGAAAAAUUUAAGAAAGAGAAGCGAGAAGAAAGCGUAAAAUAUUCCGAGGAAACGGAAAAUGAGAGGAUUCAAAGGAAACUAAAGGAGGUACUACACAUACUAAAUGCCAAAGGAUCCAUAGAGGGAGAAGAAAAGGCCAAAGCGAGAAAGCUAAUAGGUGAAAUAACCGCCAUACAAAACAAAACUAGCCAAAACCAAAACCAAACGACACAAGGGGAGGAGGAAGACAUUAAAUGCGAACAAUUCAAAUAUAUAAAAAGAAAUGGGAAGAAAAAAAAGUUUACGAAAAAACGAAAUGGGAACAGGGGGGUUCUAAAAAAUCUACAAGAGACAAUAGAAAAGAAGGAAUGCCUGAUAUUAACGAGGAACAAUAUAAAAGAGGGAGGGGUAGAAAGUGUUAUACGCACAAUUAGGGAAGAAGUCUAUGAAAUUAUUGAGGGUUGCAAUGAGGGAAAUGUAGAAUAUAUAGAAAAUGUGAAGAAAGCUCCAUGGCCAGUCAAAGAAGGCAAUGGUAUACGUAUGUAA